UUCAACAUUUUCAUUAGCUUCACCUUUCCCCACAAUGGCUAUACCCCUCAUCCGCGAUUUCACGCUGUCCACCGACGAAAACUUACACAUACUUCGCGACGGAGUUGUGUAUGACGCCUUUGCGUGCGUGCAUACCCAUCCAUUGGUUGGCAAGCGAACAGUUCGAGCAUGCUUUGUCAAUAUUGUAAGGAAGGAACCAUCGGCAGCACCGCCAACUUCAGAUGAAUUGGCUUUAAUAGACAAGAUUCUACUUGCUUCUGCCCCAGAGGUUCAUAUUCGGACAGGUGCCGUAGGAAGCAUCUUGGGCUGGCACAAUCGGCAUGAGAUGGACAAACACGGUAUCCAUUAACAAAGUGCUUGUCAAUAAGCUGAGAAGUGCAAAGCCUGAAGAUGCAAUUGGUUUAAGUGUUUUCCUGUCGGUCACAUAUCUGCACGAACUUGCUCAUUGGACAGGUGCACAGGUCCACGGAGUGGACUGGAGAUUACAUGAUGGUUUCUUUUCAUUUGCAAAAGGAGAACCGGAAGCGGGCUUUUACCUGGAAUCUCAGGUAUUUGGUGGGCGUAUCGCCGCGUAUGGGUCUUCCAAGUGGAAGAUUGCUGGGUUGGCUGUCGAGGGGAACAAUCAAGAACGACGUUGGUUGGCCUUACCAGAUACGGUUUUGCUGGAGCUUUUUUAUGGUACCUAUUACAGUUCCUUCUGGCUUGAAAGAUUUCCAGUUGGAAUGCGUGGGUUUGUGCAAGUGACAUAAAUGCUUUUUCUAAUACUUGUCUUCACUUUUAGGGAGACAGCCUUUACCUUUGCAUGUUUCGGGUUUGAAGCCCUACGUGCCAAAUGGCCAGCACAAACUGCACAGAUCUGUAUCAUACAGUGCAAUGCAUGACCCGAGACCCAGGCAGGAGGAGUCUGACUCGGAAUCGAAUGGAGAUGAAUCAGAUAGUGGGGAUGGCUCUGUUCACUUGUAUGCAGUGGCUGGGCCAAACGCUUGGCAAGUUUUAGAUUAAGUUGGUAAUAUUGCAGGCCUAUUAUUUCACAGUACUCAAACUAGGUGCCUAUUAAUAUCUCACCACGCACCCAACACCUUUUAUAUCUCCCUAAAAGUUCUCCUUGUGGAAUCUGAACAAUGUUUUCUGAUCACUGUCACCCAGUUUCGCUUUGGCGAGAGACUGGUUCUGCCUCUUGCAAGCAAAUGAGAGUUCACGAGCAAGUGGGAGAGGACCACACAUGAAAACUCCAAUUUCUU